UACUAGUAGAAAAUAUCUUUUGAGCUUGUUUAAUUUAUAUUAGAGAAUAAUGAUGGCUGCUUUUGUGUUUAGCUUUGUGAUUUUCUCAGCCUUUGCUGCCUCUUCAGUUGCAGCCUAUUGCGUGUGCAAAUCAGGGCUGAGCGACAGCGUGCUGCAGAAAACCCUCGAUUACGCUUGCGGAAACGGAGCUGAUUGCUCGGCAAUCCUCCCAACUGGGAGGUGUUUCAAUCCAAACACCCUCCAAGAUCACUGCAGUUAUGCUGUUAAUAGCUAUUAUCAGCUGAAAUUGCAACUUGGUGCAACUUGUGAUUUUCAAGGAGCUGCUGCACCUUCUCAAUCUGCCCCCUUUAGUGCAUGUGGGUCCCAGGCUACUCCAAGCACGGGUGGCGGCGGGGGAUUUGACCCGGGGGCCGGUGUGGUAUAUGCAUAUACUCCCAAGAAUAAUAGUGUGACACUCAUAAGUUCAGGAAUAAUGCUUGUUGUGUCUCUCUUCCUAUCUCUUGAAAUAUCUAGGGUUAUUUAGCCAAGAUUCUAAGCAGCAAAAUUUGUAAGAGUUUGGACCAUUUUACGUUUUUUCAAUUAUUUUCGUUUAAUAAUGAC